CGCGAUUUUCCUCUCCAGCUGCUGCGGCGAUGAGGGAAGAUCGCGGGGAGAAACCCAAAAUUCACAGUGUUAAAUCCUCCACUGAAUCAUACUAUCGGACGGUAACGAAAACAACAGGCACAGGCACUUCCUCUUACCUUUGGAUGAAUACGUCAAGUUCAGAGGCAUAGGAAUACAGUUUGGGGCCGUUAAGAACUGUACACUACCCAGAGGAGAAUCCCAUAAAAAUCACUUGUCCACACACACUGAGUAAUGUGUUGAGAAAACGCCUAUGCAGGUGGAUCCCUCACCAAUGAAUGUAGGGGAUGGAGGGACGGUGAGCAGAGAGAGCGGUGCCCCUACCCAGGUGUCUGAGAGCAUGGUGGGGAAUCCACAGCAGACACUGCCUCUUGAACUUAGAGGUGACAUACCUCAAAGUCAGCAGAACAAGCUGAGGGCGACCACAGACUGCAAAACGCCCGACGUCUGCUCAGAAGCCAGCAAUUCAAAUCAUUGUCCCCCAGUUCCCCCCUCCCAACCUCUCAGCAAUGUGUUCAGCACUGAUCCUGUGAGCACACCAUUGCCCGAUCGGACCGAGGUUCCCAAAAGCAAGAUUGACAGUGCUGGCAUCUACUCCACUCACCAGUGGCCUUGUGGAAAAAAGGUCACAGCAGAGGACCCUGUGAACUCUGUUCACUCUAGUAUAAACCUAAACAAGAAGACUAACGCACCAGCACCAACCCAGCCUGUGAUAAGCGUUCCUCUGGGGUUCCAGUGCUCCACACUGUUUAAACCCGGGCAGCCUGUUGCUUUCCUUCCCCCCUCCAAUUUUUCUUCUCCUCUCUGUAAGAUCACAUUGCCACCAGGGUUAGGUCAGAUUGCAGCACUGAGAGAAGCCACUGCUAGCCAGUUUCAAAAGGACUGCACAGCACAAAGCUCUUGUUCAAGUGUGACACCUAUGAUCAAAACAUACACGUAUAAUUUUUCUGUGGGGAGAGGACCUGGUGCUGAUAAGCCUCAGUCUUCAGGAUCCAAAGUCAGGUGUGACUCUCUGUCCAAGGGCUUUCAAGGUGGGGCUGAGCAUAAAGCCACAAUGUCUUCUGUAGCAACCCCAGCUCUAGCCGUUCCAGUACAGCAAGCCACGCAGGGCUCGGCUCCACCAUCCCGGUACACCAUCUCUCCCAAUGCUGCCAUCUGCUGCAGCCCGGCUCUGGCGAAUAUCACCACUCAAAAUCAGCUGCUUAGCCUUGUAGAAAGAGGUUCAACGUACCGAGGUCCAGAAAAAACCUCGUUAACAUUUCUGAAACCAAAAACUCUGUCCACUCCAGAGGAUCACAAUGUUACCUGCCCCGUUGAGUCCAGGGACGUGCCCCUUGAUCUGUCUGCAAAGUCCAAGCGACAAAAAAGCAUUAAAGAGGCUCAGAAUAGCCCAUUAGUGGCCACGGAACGUCAUUCUGCUGAGUCUCAGAAAAAUGUUGCUGGUUCAAAAAAGGUUCACUCUGCCUCUUUUGGAUCAUCCAGUACAUAUGACACCCAAAGAAAUGGUGCAACUCAGAAAUCAUCUUCAAAACUAACUAAUCACCAUGCUUUGGAACCCAACGCAUCGUGGGCCAAAGGCUCAUCUCCUAGUUCCUUGAAUAAUCUCCCUGGUACAUAUGUAGGUGUGGCAAGCCCCAUUCUAGCAUCUACUUUACGCAGCAAAGAUGGAAAAAGUGCUGCUUUUGUUGAGGAUCUUCAGACAUUUGCCAAACAGGAAACCAUCUCCAUCAUUGACCAAGGAGAGCAGCCGGUCUGUAGAGAGAGGCAAGCGCCAUUUGCUGUUAAAUGUGCCCAACAUAAUAAAGGUGGAAAGCUCUUGACAGGUACUCAACAAGGUUUUUUAUCCACCCAAUUAUGUGCUACAUCAAAUUCACAGCCCCACCGGAAAUCUGUUGGUGGAAAGGGAGGCUCCCUGUUUACACCUCCAGUUAAAUCCAUGUGGCAACCACCCUGUGUUCUUUCUCAAGGAACAUCCCUGCAGAAGAGACCAAGUCCGACUCAAGCCCCAAAGACGAAGAGCACCCUCGGUUGUGAGAGAGCCCUGUUCCAUAACUCCCACUUAAGUCCAACUAAAGUAGAGGAUGAAAAGUGGGAGAAGGCCAAAUCCCCCCUGUCUAACCUGGAGUCGAUAGUGAAGCAGAAAACUCUCGAGACCACUGCACUUACUGGUGAGAACUACUGUAAUUCUGUGGGAUCCAAGAGGCCUGAGGUAGCCAGCGUGCAGAACAGGUGUCAUGAGUCCACGUUGCAGCAGACCCUUACCACUGGUUCUUCCCUGUUCAGGGCCAUAGAAGGACAGGUCAUCAAGUCAGAUAGAACCUCUCCACAAACGGACAACAUAGCAGCUCUAAGCAGACCGGAGGUUUCUGUGCCCAAGGAUAAGGGACGAGAGAAACAGGCAAAACAGACAGAAAAUCUAGCAUCUGAUGGUAGACAAAAAAUGAAAUCUGGUACCCCUAGUAAAAGGAGUGCUCCCAGUGUUAAAGGAGAAUGGAAGGAAAGGAAAUUGGCUCAACGGUUAGAGAAUGAGACGGCAAAAGAGGAGAAGGCAUUAGAGAGGAAGCUUUCUUCUCAUGUUAAGGUUGAAGGGAUAGCCUUAUCCCUCCUUCAGAGCCAGACCAUAGAAGCAGAAGGAGAGGCAAAAAUUAAUGGAGCCAAAGAGGAGAUACCAUCCAAAGGAAAAGUAUCCGCCACCAAACAGAAGAACCUGAAAAAGCCUGCCAAGGAGAAGACACCUUCUGAAGUGCAAAAAAAGGCUAUGAGAGUUACUAAGAAGCAAAAAGAUAAAGACAGUCAAUCAGUCAAGCAAGGCCCCUCCCAUAAAAAGAAGAAAGAUGCGUUGCCUGGAGUUGGAAAUAGUGUGCUGAAAGAUGGAACAAGCUCAGCCCCUAAAGUAGGGGGAAAGACUCGCAAAGGGAAGAACUGUCCAGCUAAUAUGGAGCACUCCGACUCAAACAAAAUAGAUUUAGAGAACAGUCCAUGCAGAAGUCCUCAGGUUGACAGAGAUUCAAGCUCUCUCAGCAGUCCGAGCUGGCCUAGUAAGGAAUCAGAUUCCCAGGAGGAGGCCUCUCCGCGGCUGAGACGAGGGCGCAGACGGACUGAUGAAGCGUUGCUCCGAGACUGGAGCUUCGCUACUCCACCUACUCCUCCCCCUCUCGAUCCCCCCUCUACACCACCCCCUGUACCAGUCCGCCGGCCCCGCGGCAGGCCUCGAAUCAAUCCUCUGCCUGAGGAGGUGAAUGCGGACAAGGAUAGGCCCACUAAGCGUGGAGACACCUCUUCAAUAAAGAAAAGGAAACGCUGCAAGAAUCGUAAAUAUCAGAACGGGGAAUACAUCACAGAGAAAGAUAAGGUGGCAGAUGGAGAGGAGGAGAAGCUGGGCGUGGAAGACUGUGAGGCCACUAAUGAGAAGAUGGGUGUGUACCCUUGUCUCAGUGCCACACUGACCGGCGAAGUGCCCAGUCCAGACAUCAGUCCUAGGCGGACCCUGUUCACACGUUCGGGCUCGGCACGACCUCAAGAGAGUCCACCCGUCGCACAGCCUAACGACAAACCCUCAGGGAAGAGGAAGUUCAAAAGUAAACACUUAUGUGACACUGACAACCAGAAAAAGCUCAAGACUAAAAAAGGCAGCUUGGGUAAACGCACAGGGCUCCUCAUGUCAGGUGAGGAUGGUCCAGCCACCAAGAAAACCCCAACUACUCCUUAUGAUUUUCCCAAGCAUUCAAACUCACCACUGUCUGGUAAAAAAGGAACAGCCGGGAAAUCAGGAAUCCCUGAAUCUACUCCAAGCCGUCCAGUGCCUCCAGAAGUCCGUCGACUGAUUGUCAAUAAGAAUGCAGGAGAGACGCUGUUACAGAGAGCUGCUAGAUUAGGUUACCAGGAUGUAGUUUUAUAUUGCUUGGAAAAGGAUGUAAGAGAGGUGAACCGUCGUGACAACGCGGGUUACACGGCACUACAUGAGGCCUGUGCACGUGGCUGGACGCACAUCGUACAGGUGCUGCUGAAACAUGGAGCAGAUGUUAACUGCAGUGCACAGGAUGGAACACGCCCAAUUCAUGAUGCAGUAGCAUCUGAUAAUCUGGCUGCCGUCUGGAUGCUGUUAAAUCAUGGGGCAGAUCCCACACUGGCAACCUACUCUGGUCAGUCUGCAAUUAAACUAGCCCAGAGUCCCGGGAUGAAAACUUUCCUCAAAGAGUAUUUCACUGAUUUAGAGGGACGAACAGACCAAGAUCCUAGUCUUCAGUGGGAUUUCUACAGUAGCUCUGUAUUUGAGACAGAACAGGAACCUUGCUGGGACUUCCUGUUGUCUCAGGCCGAGGAAGAAGGCGAGGACAAUUUGAGUGAGCAGGUGAAGGAGAGAGACACCGAUACAGACUGUCUUCUGUUUGAGUUCUCCUCCGAGCCGCUCCUACCCUGCUACCAUGUCCAAGUAUCACUAAUGCAGGGGUUUUGUAACUGGUUCUUGCUGGCAGACGUGCUGAAGCGGCUAAAGAUGUCAGCGCGUAUUUUCCGGGCUCGGUACCCUCAGUUUGAGGUGGCGAGCAUCGCUCAGGCAGAGCUGUGGAAGCAGAUCUCUGUCAGUCAAACCUGCAUCGCUCCAGAUGAGCUCCAACCAGACGAUGAAGACAGGGAGGAGAAGGUGGAGCUGGUGCGCUGUGUACCAGAGUUACAGGGACUGCUAGGCUCCUCCAUACAGCUCCUCCAAGAAGACAAGGAUGACAAGUCAGGGCCCAAUGCCAGACCUUGCAGUCGAUAGUGACUCCUGCCCUACAUCUCCUGCUCUGCAGCCAUGGAGCAGCGAGGUGCCGUCCACAGUCGUGCACGGGUCCUUGCCAUUGCAUCCGAUGGCCUGUUACUAGUACCAGCACUUUGUAUGUUCAGAAUCAGCCAGAAAGGUCCUAUAUCCUCACAGACACUCUUCUCACAGACCCCCUGAGUAAUGAAAGGGGCCCUAGGGAGCGACUUUGCCAUGCCUUUAGCCCAGGGAGAAAGGCUGGGGACGGACUCCACUGGGGAGCAACUUUCAGGUUCCUUCUGUAGGGUUUUGUUUUUUCACUCUUCAAUAAUUCUUUUUUUUAAUUUUUUUUUAUAAACCUAUAAGUAAAUAUAUAUGUAUAUCUUGACAUCAGGGUGAACGCAUCUGGUUGUAACUUAUCCUUAACAUGUUUUAUGUUUGUUCGUUAUUGACGGUCCUUUAGAAGAAGUGGUAAUCCAAGUCUUUUUUUAUCUUGGUAAACUAAAUGUGUGUAGCUAAGAGGCUUACGUCAAGCUAACAGUGGCAGGAAUGCCUUUGGGCCAGAUGGUUCCUGUGUAAACCAUCGAGCCUCUGUCAGAUCCCAGAAGCCCCCUAACCUACAGCAUAUGUUCCUCACCCCGGCCCUCCUUUCCUCCGCACCACUGCGGCUCUGCCAGAAACAUUACACCUUCCCUUUAUUUAAUUUGUAUCGUAGCAUGCACGGGAUGUGUUCCUGUGGCAUCUGACGUUGCUUCGUUUUUGCUUUGGUUGAUGAGCUGUUGGUUUUAUCCACUGGUAGAAUUUUUAAGAUAUUAGGAGGUAUCGGCCGAUAUCAACCAUUUAAGUGGUAAACAAAAAACAACAAGCCUGUGGAGUGUUUUUUUUUUUUUAAGGUUUUUCUAGGGCCAUUUUUCUAGAUUUCGUCUUGAACUGCUUUCCAGUGCUCAAGGAGAAGGGGUCGUCUCCCAGUUUUUCCUGGUGUACCAGAUUUCAGCGUGCUUUGUGGCGCGUGGUGUGUUUUAUUUACACUGAUUGUUGUUUGUGCUUAAUUUAAUAGUUAUUAAUAUAUUUGACCUUUUUUGUGUGUAUCAGAAAAUGAUGUAUGAAAAUUGCUUUGUAUCGGUUGGUGCUUUAUUUGACAAUGUACAUAUAAUGAUCCCUUUAUCCUGAGGUUGUUUUGUUUUCCCACAAUGCGAACAGUAUUUUAACAGGCUAAAGUACAGUUUUAUUGUACUGGUGCUAAGCUAGAUUUUGUGUUGACAAUCAAUGAAGUUUUGUUUGAACUGAAACCAAUAAAUAUUUAAAUGAAGAGAGAGAUGUAAAGAUAGAGUUUAGUUUCACUACUUACGGAAAUACAGCGAGACAUGAAGAAAGUAUUUGGUUUUGACUGAAGAAGGCAUAUUGCUUCAGUGAUCUCUUUUCAAAGAGCAGAGCUGUUUAUUUGAUUCUUUUUAAAAGAAAUCAACCAGAAUAAAGCAUGAUUGUCAAGUGUUGUUUGUGAUCUGCAGUGUGUUUGUAGCAUUGGUUGAGGUGAAAUCUCCACACUUAGC